AUGUUUUCAGCAACCGUAUUCGAUUUUGUGACUGUAAUUUUUUCUUUGUGUCAAUUAGCAAAGUACUCAUUCUCAGGAGAAUCAAUUAUUGGCCAUCAUAUUGUUCGGAGCUCUGGUGCUGGCUUACGCAAAUCGAGAAUUAUUUCGGAGACCGAUUAAUCGUAAGCCAAGAAGUUUUAUAGACCACCGUUCGCGUGGUUCUUUUUUCGCAAAAGAUUCGUUCAAAGGUGAAAUUUCGAAUUAAAACCUUAUGAUGCGCAGCAUUGUUGCUCUGUCCGCUUAAUAAAAAGCACGUUACAUCCCGGAAUAUAAUAUUCAGAAUAAAUACAGAGCUAUUCGGUGGAGGCGACCAACUUUCGCGCAAGCAAUUUCUAAAAACAAAAUUUGUUUAAAACCCAGCUAUCGAGUAACUAGUCAAUGAAUACUGUGAAUAAAUGAGUUAUUAAUAUUUGCCUAGUACCGCGUCCAAAGUUUAAAAAAAACCGGGAAUUCACGCGGAUUUUGCUCUCAGGCAAAUCGUUUGUAAUCUAGUUAGGAGAUUUCGUAAUUUAAACCGAGUUCCCAAAGAAUUUGCAAUUUAAUCGCAGUAAAUUAGCAAUCUAAGUACUGUAGGUCCGGUUAGACACGAGAAUUACCUAACUAGAGAAGAAACGAUUUGCCUGAGCUGGGAUUUCCUUGAACCUUGGACGCUUUUUUUAAACUUUGGACGCGGCAUAAAAAUAUCAGGGGAAGUAAAUUAUUAAGGGUAGUAAAAAAGUGACUCUGGCAAUUCGAUAUUAAUCUAAUUAGAAAGUUACUGAUCUAAACGCGACCUAAUUAGAUUGGACUGUUUUUUCUUGGCGCAAUCGAGAUUUGAGCCAGCAGACGGUUGGCGUGAAACUUGAUUUGAGCACAUAUCAAUCUAAUUAGAAGAUUUAUUAAUCUAGCUAGACAAUUUAUUAAUGUAAUUAGGUGUCAUAUCAAUCUUAUUAGGCCGCCGUUAGAUUAAUAACGAAAUGCCAGAGCUCUGGCAAUUCGAUAUUAAUCUAAUCGUAGUCUGCUCGAGUUAUAUGGCGGCCUAAUAAGAUUGCUAUGACACCUAAUUAGAUUAAUAAAUUGUCUAGCUAGAUUAAUAAAUCUUUUAAUUAGAUUAAUUAGUGCUCAAAUCAAGUUUCACGCCAACCGUCUGCUGGCUCAAAUCUCGAUUGCGCCAAGAAAAAACAGUCCAAUCUAAUUAGGUCGCGUUUAGAUCAGUAACUUUCUAAUUAGAUUAAUAUCGAAUUGCCAGAGAGUGAGGGAGUCAAAAAUGCGGUAGUCAUUGAGUAUUUGCCCGCAUUGAGGUCCUGCUGUCGGACGCAGGAGGCACUAAAAUUAAUUUGGUAGUAUGAUUAUCAAAUGUUUCUCAUUUAUCUAACAAAAGUAUUGUGCCGGAAAAAAUUAUAAAUGUACAAGUUAACUUCCGAACAAGCUGCAGAGGGCCUAGAUUUCAAUAGUCAAAAGUGAUUUCUCUUUCUGUAUUAGGUAACGACAACUCCCAUGGAGCUGCUUCUUCAAUACACACUAGUUCUCUGCCAGCAGAACAUCUUCAAAGACUUUCAAUACGGUACGACACAAUUUUUUCUGAUUGGUUUUAUUGAAUUAUUUAACCGUUUUUUUAAUAUGGCUAUCGAGCAGCUCUUCAUUCAAGAUUUUCUCACACGCUAUACUCAAUUUACCGCUCUUGUCCCCUCGGCAUUUGCGUACUCAAGCCUAAUUUCAGAAAUUUUUGGCUUGCGUUUGCAAACACCGAGGGGCAAUAGCAUUUUCGACUCGAGUACGUGAUCAACGUGAUCACGUUGAUUCCGGUCCCUCGUGGAUGAUCGGUUGCGUUUACCAGAAUUAAGGUUAUGGGGCUAUUUACCGAUGUCAAAAAAUGGAAAAUAUAGCCUGAGAAAAAUGAAAAAAACAGUGAUAGCGUUUUUGUGUUUUAUAUAUAAGAAAUACUUCUGCCCGGAAAAUUUAAUAUCAAAUUAUUGGUUUCAGCGAGAAGCUAAAAGGAUCAUUAGAAAGAGCUAGCAAACCGCCGCCAAGAGAACUAUUCGAGCCGAGUGAACAAGAACAGAUACCAUCCCAUAUCAAACCAGAAAUUUUUUUUGUUUUGAAAGCAUUGGAAGGGCUCGAGCUACCUAGUAACUGGCAGUUGGAUCCGAAAGACGUCGAAACUUUGUCAAUAGAUGAAGACCAUGUUCUUCUCUCGCCUGGAGAUUCUAAUGAUGUCAUAGUCGUGGUUGUGUCUGGAGAAUUAGGGAUCUUCACAAAAGUUAACACAGUAUUGGUUGCAUGCUAACGAUAAAUUACUUUCUUUUUUAGACAGAAAAAAGUUACGAGUUCAACAUGAAAGGCCUUAAAAAAGGAGAAUCAUAUUUCUCACAGACAUCAAUUAUCGAAAUUCUUAUGGUAAAUGGCCUUCUUCCACUUUUUUCUAUUGUUACAAUUUUCCAUAACUCUGACCGAUGUGCGCUGCCCGGGGAAUCCCGAGAACUCCCUUUUCCGAGAAUCCAGAGAAUAGUUCAGGAGAUUCAGGAAUUCUCGGGAUUUUCCCAAAAGAGACCUCAGGCAAAUCGUUUCUAAUUCGCGUUUGUAACAAGACCUAUUAUAGGGGCACCGAACAGAAAUGGCGCUCUGUUGAGAAACUCUUUUUGCAGUGCAAAUUGAGCGACCUCGGGGCCGAGUUUGAAAAGUUAUACCACGUUUCCUGUGGAAAAUUACUUCGCGGUCUAGAAAUUCUGCCAGAUUGCGAACAGCGCGCCCUUUCUGUGCAGUGCCCCUAUAAUAGGUCGCGUUUAGAUCAGUAAUUUUCUAAUUAGAUUAAUAUCGAAUUGCCAGAGAUCUUUCAAGUCUGAGAUUUUCGACUCGUGGGCGCGGAUUGAUCGAGAUUUUGCAGAAUGUUAAACCGGAAAACAAGUAUGUUCAUCUGAAAUCACUUACAAAAUGCCGUGUUGCAAAAGUGAAGCUUACUUCGUUCUGUACCUCUUUCCACCAAAACCCUCAACGGUGGAUUAGAACUAUACAAGUCGUGAUGACCCGACUUCAACAAUGCACUUUAAUCACUUGCAAUUUGUAUUUGGGGAUUGGUGGAAAGUGUAUUGAUACAGUGAGUUUUUCAAAAAAGCUAACAGAGUCUGACCAUUCUUUCGAAACCUUCUCCGUUUGUCCGGUCGAUUUUCAUUUCUAAAAAGGAAAAAGUUGUAAUGGAAAAAUUAGAGAAAUAUGAACACUCUCAAACGGUCCUGAUAAAAUUUUUUGAAGUAUACUAUAGGGCAUUUCAAUAUGAAUGCGCUCUAUUGAGAAGCCGAUUUUUGUCAUAUGCGGCCGCAUGCGGGGGCUUUUUUUCAGUCGAAAACGGGCACUUAAUUCCGAUGGUACAACAAUUUUUUAAAUUAGAUUGCAAUCGAGUUUCCAGAGUUCACUUUGAAAUGCCCCGAUAGUACUCCUCUGGCAUUUCGUUAUUAAUCUAAUCGUAGUGUACUCGAGUUCUAAGGCGGCCUAAUAAGAUUGAUAUGACACCUAAUUAGAUUAAUAAAUUGUCUAGCUAGAUUAAUAAAUCUUCUAAUUAGAUUAAUUAGUGCUCAAAUCAAGUUUCACGCCAACCGUCUGCUGGCUCAAAUCUCGAUUGCGCCAAGAAAAAACAGUCGUAUCUAAUUAGGUCGCGUUUAGAUCAGUAACUUUCUAAUUAGAUUAAUAUCGAAUUGCCAGAGAAUCUAAUUAGAAGAUUUAUUAAUCUAGCUAGACAGUUUAUUAAUCUAAUUAGGUGUCAUAUCAAUCUUAUUAGGCCGCCGUAUAACUCGAGUAGACUGCGAUUAGAUUAAUAACGAAAUGCCAGAGUACUAAAAGUGAUUUUUAAAAAUUGUUGCGUAACUGAACCGUUGUUUCUUUCUUCGUUCGGUCGCACACGUUUUCAUUUCUAAAACGAAAAAAGUGUGACGAAAAAAAUAAGAAAUGAAAACGUGAACUUUCGAACGAUUAUAAGAAAGAAACGAGCGGCGAAGCCGUUUCUCUGCUAAUUCGAUAUUAAUCUAAUUAGAAAGUUACUGAUCUAAACGCGACCUAAUUAGAUUCGACUGUUUUUUCUUGGCGCAAUCGAGAUUUGAGCCAGCAGACGGUUGGCGUGAAACUUGAUUUGAGCACUUAUUAAUCUAAUUAGAAGAUUUAUUAAUCUAGCUAGACAAUUUAUUAAUCUAAUUAGGUGUCAUAUCAAUCUUAUUAGGCCGCCGUAUAACUCGAGUAGACUACGAUUAGAUUAAUAACGAAAUGCCAGAGUUCCGAGCGUCCGCUCGGACCGCGCAGCUGGCCCAGGUUUAGAGUCUUGUAUGACAAGUUGUAUCGUAUGACUUUUGUAUGAUUUUCUAUUGCAGAAACGACAAAUACCCGAUUCUCAAAAAUUUGCGAGUUUCGAUACGCUCUCAGAAAAUGAGCAAAUGAACCGUGGCGUUUCAUGGAUGGCCGAAGUAAUGGGAAUUCCAAACCAGGCGGCGAACCUACGUGAAAAAGUGAGUGUUUUAUCAGCUGGCCCAACUUUCAAAAGUCUUGUCAAAUAAAGAAAAAGAAAAAAGUAUAAAAAAUGUAAACAUUUACUUGCAUAAUGGGUUCAUAAAAUUUUUGAGCAUCAAUGUUUACAGGUCGAGAAACAUGCGUGCGAGAAAGGAUGCAUUGUAACCGAAGAGAAUUCGUUUGAGAUUGAUAUGAUAUUCGUGGUUUUCGGAAAACUUCAACUAAAACGAGUCAGCUUUCUAAUAUAACAUACUCUUAGCUCGAAAAAAAUUUCAGGGUGCCAUCGAUAGGGAUGACACUGGCACUUCUUUAAUUUUCGAUGUGCACCCGGGCGAUAUUCUACCUUCAAUGCAGAUACUCACAAAUGAGCCCGCAAUGUGCACCGCAACUGCUGUCGAGAAGACCAUCUACUUCAAGAUCUGUCGAGAAGAGUACAUACAGUAAGUGGUUUACCGUUCACGGUGUUCCAAACGCUACCUGACAUAUUUGAUUCAAAUAUCGAGCCACUUCUGGCAAAUGGCCCAUAACCGGGUUACUGUAGUACGGUAGGCCUGUAGGUGCCUAAACCGAAUUAUUUGAAAAAAUCUUGGAAGGCUGAAUGUGUUUUAUUCCGGAAGUAAAAUUUUCAGAACCACACAUUCAAUGCCAGAAAAUAUUCAGCUUUCCACAAUUUUUAAAGGUAUUCGGUUUAAGCACCUACCGUACCACCGAAACCAGAUUAGGGACCCGAUGUUGUGAAAAUUAUUAAAAAUCCGAAGGGGUUGUAUUAUUGUUGACCAGAAAUCAAAGAGUUGACCUACGGAAAAAAUAAGCAAUGAUCUGGAAGUUGGUAGGUAAAGACACAGACAGGUAAUGAACGGUAGUCCCAAAAAGGUAGGCAAUGCCCCUCGAGGGUCAUAUUUGGUCAUAUUUGCACUUUCAGGUGCUGCCCCGAAUCGGAACUUCCCGAAUCAGAACUGGUACGAAUCAGAACCAAUUAGUACUGAAAAUAGUUCUGAUUCGGGAAGUUCCGAUUCGGGGCAGCACCGAAUUUCAAAGGCGUCCGGCUGCCUGCGCCUGAAAAAUUCAGGAGCCUGCUCCAAGGCGAGGCGGCCUGCGGUCAGCCUACUGCACGACACCUUUUAUAAUAUCCGAAAUAACUUUGAAAGGUUCCUCUUCAAUUUUCCCAUUAUUUACCUUCGUCUUGCUUUUCACGCGCUGAAAUUCGUUUCACCUUUUGCAAGAGUUUUCGACUUGGCAGUCAGUUGGGUCCGCAUUGACACAGGACAAGCUCUCUUUCGGUACUCAGCUACUUCAGACAUUUACAUAUUAGGCGCAUUCCAGGAUCGGUGAUAUAUCUGAUUCCAUGUAUAUUGUGAUGGGAGGCCGUCUACGAGCAGUUGAGUCAUCGAAAAUCAUAGAAGAAUACGGCCGCUUGGAUAUCAUAGGAAUAACUGACAUGGCCGAAAGGAAAUUUCGGAGAUCUACUGUCCUGGCAGUUCGUUUUUCUCACCUAGUCUGCAUCCCAGAAAAACUUCUAGGAUUUGUGAAAAUAAGAUAUCCACAGGUAGCCCUGAUCACUUGUGAUUAGCCCAAGAACAACUUUGAUUGUCAUUCAGGUUGCUUCGAAGCUUUUGCAAUUAAUCAGUAAAUGCUGGAAAGUCCCAACUCCGGAAACCAUGGCUCAUUUUGAAACCACGAAAAUUCAAAAUCUGAGAACAAUUGCAAUUGUACCGGCAUCCCCUCAAGUCCCACUGACAGCUUUCACCUGUGAACUUUACAAUCACUUAUCAAAGCAUGUCAAACUUUUGAGAUUGAGCAGUUCUGUUGUCGCUAAAUAUUUUGAAGCUGACGUAAUUACUAAAAAAGCGGAUUAUGGACUCAUGCACUGGCUCAACGUGCAAGAGAUUUCCUACUCUUUAGUACUAUAUCAAUGUGAUUAUACAAAAUCGAGCUGGACACGAAGAUGCCUUCGAAUGGCAGACGCCAUACUCGUUGUAGCUAUGGGCCAUCUAUGUAAAGAUAAACAAACAAUGGUUGUAAAACGAAUUAAAGUCAUAAUUUGCAAUUUUCUAUUAAUGUCAGGCUGACACUUUAUUAACGUGCAAUGAGAAAGGUGUACGUCAAUCUAAAGAGCUGGUACUGCUAUGGCCGGAAAGCACUUCAACUCCGAAAGGCACUUCCAACUGGAUACAUCAGUCUUACUACUCUGGUUACCACCACCUUCGUGUAACCAAUCGAACACUCGGAUUUCGCAAAAAAUUCACCGAAAAUGAGGUAAUUUUACAAUAUUAUCAACUUGUUCCUCGACUCGGCAGUUUUUUUUUUUUGAAAAUUUUAAUGGCCCCCACAAUUUUUUUGUCUUUUAAUCUUUGGGCAAAUACUCAUUGACUACCGGCUUUUUUACUCCCUCACUCUUUUACUUCCCUGGAUCUUUUACUACCCACGGAACCCCAGCCUUCCAAUAAAAAAUUCCCUUGGCGCAAUUCAGGUGCGCUAAAAAAGGCGCGUAACGCGUAAUUUCGGAGCGUCGUUGUAGAGUUUCUCAUUUCAAUUUUCCCUUUUUUUGCAUUAUUCCCAUCUUUUCAGAACCAAUCAGUGUCAAAACUUAUGAUAAUGAUUAGAAAUUAAUAAAAAAUAAAAUUUUAACUGCUUUGUCAUCAAUUUCGAAACGUUUUUAUGUGAAAAAGUACAGAAUUUUUUUCCUGUUGGAAUCGAAAAAUUUGCCUCAAUUAUCUCAAUUCUGUAUAUUUUUUUCGACGGUUGAGCGCUUAAAAAGAUGCGCAAUAAACUCUUUGUUGACUGGACGGUUCGAAUGCCAGUGUCCGAACUCGAUUCGGCAAAUGAUCGUUAAAACUCCGGUUUUUCAGUAGUUUUCGACAAAAUCCCUCAAUUUGGUCAAUUCUGAACGAAUCUGCUCCGUUGUUUCGCGCUUAAAUCGAUGCUUCUAACUCAGACAAUCGCCCCACGGUUCGCAAAGAACAAAAUUUUAGUGUUUAUUAAGAGAAAAACGAAAGAAUUCUGGGUUUCAAUUGAAAAAAGAAACUCCGAGCCGACGGUGGAUGCAAGCGCGCCCCAUUGACAACUUGCUUGCGCAUUGGAAUGCUGGGGUUCCGUGCUACCCUUACUUAUUUAUGGGGUUAUUCAGGCUGUAAAAAAAAUAUUUUUUUUUCGUUUUUUUUUUCGUUUUUUUUCGUCAAAAAACCCAACUCCUCUGGGAACUCGAUCGCAAUCUAAUUAGAAAACUUCGCAAUCUAAUACGAACUUGUUUGAAAUAGAAUUUGCUUCAAUUAGAUAGAAAAAUCUUCUAAUUAGAUUACAAUCACUGCAAUUUUUCUCAUUAGAUUGCAAUGUUUUCUAAUUAGAUUGCAAUGUUUUCUAAUUAGAUUGCAAUGUUUUCUAAUUAGAUUGCAAUGUUUUCUUAUUAGAUUGCAAUGUUUUCUUAUUAGAUUGCAAUUCAGGAAAAAUAUAUUGUAAUCUAAUACGAUUUUACUGGAACUUCAAUUAAAUCUGAUUAGAUUGCGAAAUAGAGCUUUUUCUUAUUAGAUUGCAAACUCUUCUAAUUAGAUUGCAAUCGAGUUUCCAGAGCCGUUCGUCGGCUUUCACAUGCGAUUACGGUAGAGCGACAUGGUGAGAAUUUUGGCUCCGGGACAUUUCGAAACCGGACAUUUCGAAACCGCGACAUUUCGAAACCAGACAUUUCGAAACCGCGACAUUUCGAAACCAGACAUUUCGAAACCGCGACAUUUCGAAACCAGACAUUUCGAAACCGCGACAUUUCGAAACCGCGACAUUUCGAAACCAGACAUUUCGAAACCGCGACAUUUCGAAACCAAUUCAGUACAAGUAUUUAAAAAUUAAAAAAACCGCCAAAUUCGCAGUAUGGACAGUAAUUUUUCGUAUUGCUCAUUAAAAAUGUGUUCUUUUUCUGCUGGAAAUAGCUGUUUCACUGUUUUUUCGGCUUUGUUCUGUGUUUUUGUCGAACAUUCUUAUUAUUUUUCAUGAUCCGCUUGUUGGAAAUCAGACUUGCAACGGGCCGGGCCGGGCCGGGCCAAAAUUGGAAAUCGUAUUUCUUGUACAGAAUAAUGUCGAAAAGAGCACUCCGCCCGUUAUAUCCGCACAACGGAUUUACAAUGAGACCAACUUCUCUACUUCUUCCGUCUUCUCCGCCUCUAACUUUUCGAUCGUUCUGUUUCCGCAGAAUUCCGUUGUUUUCGCGAAUAAUUUUGUCAAGUUAUACGUUUGUGUUAGUAUAAAUAGUCCGAAAUCAUAAUUAAUUGCUAAAAUACACUUAACAUGCAUUUCUACUGCGAAUUUGGCGGUUUUUUGAAUUUUUAAAUACUUGUACUGAAUUGGUUUCGAAAUGUCGCGGUUUCGAAAUGUCUGGUUUCGAAAUGUCUGGUUUCGAAAUGUCGCGGUUUCGAAAUGUCGCGGUUUCGAAAUGUCUGGUUUCGAAAUGUCGCGGUUUCGAAAUGUCCGGUUUCGAAAUGUCCCGGAGCCAGAAUUUUAAGGUGCUAAUAUACUUAUGCAAUGCAUUAUAUAUCGUAAUUUUUAUGCUUUCUCUAGGGUUGCAGAACAGGCGCCUGUUUUCGCCUGCUUUGCAAUUUUAACGUGGAGAUUUUGCAAAACAAGCGAAAAUAGGCGCCUGUUCUGCAACCCUAGCCUUCUCAUUCAGAUUGUUGCUCUCUAUGAAGCUAAUAAUUAUACCGAUAAUUUAGUACAUUCGGACUUCUCGAGACUGGCUCGAAUCCUAACAGGAAAUGCCAUUGGAGUGGUUUUUGGCGGAGGUGGGGCACGAGGGGCAGCACAUUCUGGCGCGUUGCGUGCUAUGUUGGAGAAAAAGAUACCCAUUGACAUGGUGGGAGGAACAUCUAUUGGAGCUCUUUUCGGGGCGUUCUAUGCAACCACUCCUAACAUUAAAGCUGUUGCCAGAAUGAAAGAGUUUUUCUCGGUAAGAUUUUCAAUUUUCUCAACAUUCCACCACGCUCAUAAUCUGAGAACAUUAAGGAUCGAGCAAAAAAUAACAUCAUAGAUGCCAUAUGUGACUUGACAUGGGCUUAUUGUGCGAUUCUUACUGGGCAUCGUUUCAAUAUGUCAGUUCAAAACUUUAUUGAUAUUUCUGAAACGGUAAAGACAUGUUCUCUGUCGCUGUCGAAGAAUCGCGUGCACAAAGAAAGAUAGAGGCCCAUAUCCUAUACGUAAGCCCAUUGUACAAAAAACAUGAGAAGAACCCAAAUUCCAGUUGAAAAAAAAAUUAGUUGGCCGCCCCGUAAAUCGACACAGCACGCAUGUUGCAAGUGCGCCCCAUUGAGCAUUUGACGCAAGAAGGGUGAAAAAAUUAAUUGUUUCCGUUUUUUUUUUCGUUUUUUUUACGUCAGAAAACCCAAUUCAGUGUAAAAAAAACGGAAAACAAACAUACGCUGAAGAGCCCCACAAUGGGGUUGUUCAGGCUGUGAAAAAAUAGUGUGUUUUUCCGUUUUAUUUUUGUUUUUUUUACGUCAAAACCUAAUUCAGAGAUGUAAAAAAAGGGAAAACAAACAUACGCUGAAUAGCCCCAUAAUGGGUCUAAAUAUUCAGUAGGCACGGUCUCCAGAGCUAACAAUGGGCGCAAGUGCGCCCUGCCCAAUAGAGCGAUACAUUGGCGCGAAAUUCCUCUGGAAACUCGAUUGCAAUCUAAUUAGAAGAGUUUGCAAUCUAAUAAGAAAAAGCUCUAUUUCGCAAUCUAAUCAGAUUUAAUUGAAGUUUCAGUAAAAUCGUAUUAGAUUACAAUAUAUUUUUUCUGUAUUGCAAUCUAAUAAGAAAACAUUGCAAUCUAAUAAGAAAACAUUGCAAUCUAAUUAGAAAAAUUGCAGUGAUUGCAAUCUAAUUAGAAGACUUUUCUAAUUGAAGCAAAUUCUAUUUCAAACGAGUUCGUAUUAGAUCGCAAAGUUUUCUAAUUAGAUUGCGAUCGAGUUCCCAGAGUCAAAUUUUAGCAGAAAAAUUGGUUUUUUGUGCCAGAUUAGCCACGAAAAACCGAUAAUUUCUCAUUUGUCUCUCGAUAGACCGAUUGUAUAGGCUAUUACGAAUGUUUUAAGCGUAAGAGCUUUAAAUUUGGUAAAAUCGCAAAUCACAUUUAUCCGUUUGAAGGUUUCUCUGGGAACUCAAUCGCAAUCUAAUUAGAAAACUUUGCAAUCUAAUACGAACUCGUUUGAAAUAGAAUUUGCUUCAAUUAGAUUGCAAAAUCUUCUAAUUAGAUUACAAUCACUGCAAUUUUUCUAAUUAGAUUGCAAUGUUUUCUAAUUAGAUUGCAAUUUUUUCUUAUUAGAUUGCAAUUCAGGAAAAAUAUAUUGUAAUCUAAUACGAUUUUACUGGAACUUCAAUUAAAUCUAAUUAGAUUGCGAAAUAGAGCUUUUUCUUAUUAGAUUGCAAACUCUUCUAAUUAGAUUGCAAUCGAGUUUCCAGAGUUUUGGCUAAAACUGCGUGAAUUUCAGUUGCUUUUCGGUAGUUUUAGCGGUUCGAGCGCUCAAAAUGCUUGUAUUUACGUGAUUUAUCAUUUUCAAAACCGAUUCUGUUUGAAAACUGUCAAGAAAGAGCAAAAUGAGAAGUGCGGUUUUAAGGCGGCGAUCGGCGGCGAAGGCGAAAAAGCAAAGUCCGCGAAAAAUGCGCCAAAACGUCAUUAAUUCUGUGAGAAUUAGUGUGUUUUCAUGUCGAACAAUCAUUUUUCAUCGCCUUUGACCACAAAAAUCAGAGAAAACCUGCUCAAUUCAUGAAAAUGUCAUUUGGCCGAGGCCACGCCCAUAUUGUCAGCUCUGGAGACCGUGUAGGGGAGAAAACAUCAGAUAGUGGAACAAGUUUGGUACUAAUCAGUCAAGUUUGAAUCGUAGCGUGCGGAAUAGGAGUGUCAAAACUGUAUCUAUAACGGCCCGUGGAGCCAUGAGGUGGACACUGGCGCGAAACGGUGGAAAUUCUGAUGAUUCAUGAAGCAUGAAAAUGAAAUUAAACUGCUUAUUGAGGUUGGUGAAAAACAUGCUCCACGACGUUAACAUUGAAGAUUGCUGGGUUUCGUUUUUUUGCAUUUCAACAGAUAUUUCGUAAGCUUAUAUUGAAAUCAAUAUUAUAGGGGCACCGGACAGAAAGGGCGCGCUGUUCGCAAUCUGGCCGAAUUUCUAGGCCGCGAAGUAAUUUUCCAUUGAGAACGUGGCCUAUCUUUUCAAACUCGGCCCCGAGAUCGCUCAAUUUGCACUGCAAAAAGAGUUUCUCAACAGAGCGCCAUUUCUGUGCGGUGCCCCUAUAAAUUAUUAUAUAAAUUAGGCUAUAAUAUGAAAAGAGAAAGUAAAUAAAAUUUCAAGAACAUCAACAAUGAGAAUUCACCGAAGUGGUCUCAUGUGGCCUGUUGUUAGAAGUUCGAUGUCCAUAGCCGGGUACGUACCGCCUAUCUGCGACCCGAAUGAUGGUCAUUUACUAUUAGAUGGAGCCUAUGUGAAUAACCUACCAGCUGAUGUUAUGAGGUUUGUUCCCAUUGCUAAUACACUUUCACACAAAGUUAAAGUCAAAAUUGCAUCGAAAUUUUUAUUGUAGUUGUUAAAAAACAUUUCAAUCGAGACCUCGAAUCGAAAAGUAGAAUUUUGCGGAUCAAUUUCAGAUCUCUCGGUGCUAAUGUUGUUAUUGCUAUAGAUGUUGGAAUGGCCGAUGAAAAUGUCAACCUUACUGAUUAUGGUUACUCAAUAAGCGGUACCGAGCCCAAUUACUUUUAAACUCAAUAAUGAAACACAUUUAGGAACUUGGAUUCUAUUCAAGCGUUGGUGGCCUUUCGGAGAGCCUCUUCGAGUUUUAAGCAUGUCAGAAAUUCAGAACAGACUUACUUAUGUCUCUUGUGUAAACCAACUUGA